AUCGCUAGAUAUUAUUAUUUAUUGUCAUGAAGUGAUUCUGAUUAGAUUAUUAUUGAUUGCAGAUUGUAAGAUUAAAGUAAUUAUGUAGAUUAAUUAAAUAUUAUUAUCAUGGAUAUUUAAAUCUUUAGUAUGUUUUAAGAAAUAAUCUCAUCAUGACUCGUCAAUGUUUUUUAAAGUGCUUAUUAGAUUCGCAUGCGCCGAUAAAAUUACCUCACAAUGUGGAAACUUUUGUUGGAAGAAGUAAAUUAACACUAAUAAAAGAUCAAGCCUGUUCCCGCAAACAGCUUAUUCUGAAAGCUGAUUGUGAUCAGUGUCUGCUAGAAGUGAAACAAAUUGGAAUUAAUCCAUCUGGCUUAGACGGGUAUGCAUUAAAAAAAGAUGGCUUAUAUAAAAUAAAACAUGGCAGUAAAAUAGAAAUUUUAUUAAAUCAGUAUUUUCAUUUAGUUGAGUUUGAUCCACCACCUGAUGAUUAUGAGGUGCCAAACCAAGGCAAUAAAAGAAAGAAAGACACAAUAUCUCCAGAGCGACAAAAUAAACUGAUAAAGAUAGACAAUAAGAACAGUGUCCUAGUGAGUAUGGAGGAUAAGUGGGAAGAUUUUGAAAAUAGGGAGGUUUAUGUAUUUACAAGCAAGGGUGUCAAGUCAAGUUCAAAGAUUGCUGCAUUCGAUAUGGAUGGCACUUUAAUAAAAACAAAAUCAGGCAAAGUUCAUCCCGUUGAUACAAAGGAUUGGCAAAUUAUAUUUCCCUCUGUACCUUCAAAGUUGGCUGAAAAGUUUGAAGAUGGGUAUAAAGUUAUCAUCCUAAGUAAUCAAUCACCUAUUGGUAGUGGUAGGGUGAAAAUAGAGGAUUUUAAAAUUAAGAUUGAAAAUAUUGUCUCUAAACUAGGUAUUCCAAUUCAGGUGUUUUUUGCAACUGGUAAAGGGUUUUACAGGAAACCAGCCCCAGGCAUGUGGAAUAUUUUGUCCAAAGAGAAAAAUGACAAUAUACUCAUUGAUAUGGAGAAAAGCUUCUACUGUGGUGAUGCAGCUGGUAGAAAUGCUAAUUGGGCACCUGGAAAGAAAAAGGAUUUUUCAAUGGUUGAUAUAUUGUUUGCAGAAAAUCUGGGCCUCAAAUUUUUUACACCUGAACAAUAUUUCCUUGGUCAUUCUAUUGCUAAUGUACCAAAGAGCCGGCCAGAAUUCAUACCCAAAGAUUUAAAACCAACUACUUUUGAUGGCAAAUUAAUAAGUGCAAUUCAGGAGUUGCUUGUCUUUGUUGGUUACCCGGGCAGUGGUAAAUCUUUCAUUGCGAAACAGAUUGAAGAGAAGUCAGCCCAUAAAUAUGUAACAGUUUGUAGAGAUGUACUUGGUUCUUGGCAGAAAUGUUCAACAGAAGCUACUAAAUUUUUGAGGCAAGGCAAGAGUGUGAUAGUUGACAGUACUAACCCAGAUGUUGAAUCCCGUAAGCGUUGGACGAGUCUUGCGAGGGAAAUGAAAGUCCAAUGUCGUUGUGCCCACGUGACGACCAGUAAGUCCCACGCUCAACACAACAACAGGUUCAGAGAAAUAAUGAAAACAAAACAUGCGACGGUCAACGAUAUCAUCUUCAAUACCUACAAAAGCAAAUUUGUUGAACCCUCAAAAAGCGAAGGUUUUCAAGACGUCAUCAAUGUGAAAUUUAAUCCAACCUUUGAAGAUAAAGAAGCUGAACGAGUGUACAGAAUGUUUCUGUUAGAAAAGUAAAGUUAUAAAGCCGGCUCCACAUGUAGCGAGCGACGACGAACCACAGCUGGAGUGAACCACACUCGGACCUGCCAUCUCUCGUUGGCAGUUCUUGUUGUGCACAGUUCUUACUUUUAAUGGAAGUCACACUAGAACAUGGCCAAAUAAGCUUGUGUAUGUUCGUUCGCGUUCGUAUCAAAGGAGCCGGUUGUAUCAGUAUCUCCCUUGGUUGUUGAACAAAAGAUUAUCCGAUUGUUAUAUUCACUAAGCGAACCUUUCGCAGAUAAUAAUAUAAACUAUGAAACUAAUUUAUGGUAUAUUAUUAUAAAUGUAAUUAUGGUUUCUUAUUUAUAUUAAAAAAUGAAACAUCUUGUCAAUUAAA